AUGGCCGUGUAUAUCGCGUUAAUGAUGUUGGCAGUGGCGGUUAUCGGCUGUAGCGGUCAGUCCAACAGUACCCCGUACUGUCGCUUCAUCUCCCAGGUCAGUUGUCAGAGUAAGGGCAGAAACAAUUUGUGUGGGACGGAUGGAAUCACAUACCAAAAUACAUGUUAUUUACUGAAAGCUCGCUGCCUCAAAUCAACAGUCCAGGUAGCUCAUUCAGGACCCUGUCCUACGUCCUCCUCUGUCCUAACUGGGAUGGGCGUGGUCUCCAUUUCAAACAUAGCGCUUGAUGUUUUCUGUCUGGAUCUAUUCAAACACUCUUGUGAUAGUGAGGAACGCCAGAACGUUUGUGGAACGGAUGGAACGACAUACGUUAACCUAUAUAUAUUUGUACACAAUCUCUGUUUCCUUACAGAUUGCUUUGAGAUGGAUUCCACCGAGAGUGAGCGUCUGUCCGUACUCUUGUCAACAUAUUUAGACAGAUAUUGCACAGGGACAAAGGAUGAUGUUGAUAUUAGGCAAAAAACACAGAUAGUAAUGGAACAGGCAUUCCAGUAUUCUAAUGUCGAGAUACAAAGGUUUUACGGUGGAAGUCGAGCUGAAGGAUUCUACUUAGCUAAUUCAGAUUAUGACAGAAUGUUAAUCGACAAAACGGUCGAGGUAUUAAUCCAACCCCGUCAGUACUUUCCUACAAAAACACGACAAACAUUUUUGUACAUGAGAGAUUCAGACUGUCGACCUGGUUACGUAAAUUUUAUGCUUCGUCAGUUAGGAGAGGUACCAAGUGAUCCGUUACUAAAUUCUUUGGUAGAAACCGAGGACGGAUAUUUCGUUUCAAGCGAUAUCUAUCGCGAACAACUUGUUUCAGCAAUGACUGCAAAAGUUGGGAGUUUGUUCAAGUCCAAUGGUCCUAGCUGUACGACUAACUCCUCGUCAUACAAUGCUGAUGUGGUGUUUUGUUUCCCUUGUAAAGGUUGGCCCACAGCGGCGCAGGAAUGGGUGACCCGUACACGACAGUAUGGUUGGCCACACCAAACUUUGAUUGACCGGAUUGUACGCGAUGGUUGUCAUGUUGUUCCAGUGGGCGACAAAACUUUGGACACCUUGUUACAUUGGAGAAUAUCGUUCAUAUCAGCAGAGAGAAUGUUAGUUCACUCUUUCAGUCAUAUUCAAUUCAAAGUUUACUUUUUACUAAAAUAUUUCUUACAACAACUAAAAGUAACACUAAAGCAGAUGAUUGGUGAUGAUGACAUUCUGUGCUCCUAUUUUCUUAAGACUGUCCUUUUUCAUGCCAUUGAAAAUUCUAAGGACACACUCUGGCAAGACAAAAACAUUUUCAAUUGUUUCUGGCUUUGCUUCAACAUUCUAAUAGCUUGGGUCAAGGCAGGGUAUUGUCCUAACUACUUCAUCCCAACAAACAACAUGUUCUUGAGAAAGAUCCAUGGACAUCACCAACAACGACUAGUAGAAAUCUUAAAUCAUUAUCAAAGGUUGAAGUGGGGCUGUCUUAAAGUUGGACAUUUUUUUCGUCCUACAAUUAUGGAUUAUCUAUGUCAUCAACCAAUCCAAGACAAACUUGUACAGCCCGAACCCGUUUCGGAAGUUGUCCUCCGCCGGGACCAGAGCAUUGUGCAAUAUUUGCGUACGUUGCAUUUCCCAGAAAGGAGGUCUCUGAAAAUAGUUUUAGGAAUGUUCAACUUGUUAUUAAAAUCAACGUCAGAGUAUGAUGAAGUGCUGUCGUACUACUAUGCCAUGCAUGUCCUGUACGACCUCUCUAUAGAGCAUGCGUAUCCAAAUCACACAACUGCUAUUGGCAACAAGACUAGGUACAGGAGCCUGAAGAAAGCAAAACAUUGGAUAAUACCAAGGACUUCCAUUGGCACAGAGGUGCUAUAUUUAGCGACGUUCUUCUUCCGGAUGGGGAAUUUCCAAAAAGCCCUCGAAAUCACCAGACAAGUUAUUGAUUUAGCGUCACACUUCUGGGAUGAAAAAGAAACAAUGACACCAGAACAUGAAGCAGAGUACAUAGAAGGAUAUUGCGGUUCAGAAAGUCCUUUCAUAUUCAAGCUGAGAAAAUUAUUUACAGCUUGUAUUUCGUUUGAGUUUGAACAAAAACAUUUCUGUCUUCCACAUCUUCGACCAGAAAUAUCGCAACAACAUGUUAAGUUGCUAAUCCCUCCAUUACCAUACGCUAUCUUUUUGUCCUUUAUGUGCAACCACGAACUAAAAGACAUCAACGAACGCGACAGAGCACUUCGCGAGCUUCUGAUAGUCAAGUAUGGUGGUAUGCAAGGAGGACAAAAGUACUGGAUAGUGCAUAAUCUCCUAGGGAUCUGCUAUGAAACUUUAGGUGACAUACAAAAGGCCAUCAAGAGCUACGAAAAAUCUGCACAAAUGAAGACAGAUAUCUACGAGUUGAACCCAGCUAAAGAAAGGAUGGAUGCCUUACGACAGAGAUGUUAA